AUGGCCAGCAAGCAAGUAAUACUGUUUCUCUUCUGUGGCGAAAUCUGGAAAUCACUUUCUACAGCAAUACCCCAAGACGUUCCCAUGAAUAGAAGAAAUGCAUACACCAGUAUCAGGAGUCCAAGGGAAGACAAAGCUCCUCUGUAUCAACUGCAAGCAACUGGACUCAGUUUGCACAAAUCUGGACCAGCACUGACUGUUACGACAUCACCUUGGUUCCCCAAAGCACAUGCAGAACCUAGCAAUGGAAGCUGGAUAGCAGCACUGAUAAUUGGCAUCAUUUUGAUUAGUAUGAUAAUGGCUAUUAUUAUAAUUCUUCUGUGGAAAUGCUGCAGGAGGCCAGUUCUAGUUGAUUCAAAUUGGGCAGGUCGUUCUCCAUUUUCCGAUGGAGAUACACCAGAUGUCUUUAUGGACUCUGACCAGGCUACCAAACGUUCAUCAGUUUUAUUUAUGUUGCCUUGGAAAUUGCAACAAGACACAAGCUUACCGCACAACCCCGCUGCGUCAGAGAAACCAUCCAGCUGCACCACCAGUAAUGCGAACAGCCAACUGCCUCUGCCAGCAGAAGACAGCCCUGCAGCCAGCGUUUCGCUUCCCAACAGAGCUGCACCUCCAGCUCCCACCUCAGAGGUAGCAAGCUGUCCUCACCCAGCGGCUUCCCCCGAAUCCCCAGAUCUGCCACCUCCACCUGACUGGCUCAGGGAACCAACUGAGGAUCACAGUUCAGAUCUCGGCAAGUGCCAGGACUUUCCCUCAGGAACAGAGGAACAAUUUCCCCCACCGCCCGAGUUACUUAUCCAAGAGGUUCACGAACCACUGCCCCACCUGCUGCAGCCAGAACACCCUCUGUAGACUGCCAAAAUUGAUUUCCAGCAUACUUCACAUUUUUCUUAAAUGAAGUAUUCUUCAAAGAACUAAAAAAAAGGAGAAGUUGAUGCAGGCAAAAACAGUGAGACCACAGCACGGGCAUUUCCCCUUUGUUUCUUAACUUCAGCUUUCACAAAACAGAACAAGCUGCUUCUGCCUGAAGCAAAUCAUUUCAAAACACAACAUGGAUUGUGCCCACUAUUCGUCCAUAACUAGUGAUUCCAGAUUAUGGAGACUACAGAAAACAGAGUAUGCAUGCCUUUGUGUGUCAGGAUAGACAUGUAUGUAACAUGCACAGAGACUUGAAGCUUUCAAGAAACAGUACAGCUUUAGAGGUACUUUGAGCUUCUAAAAUUUGUUUGUUCUACUAGGCUGUGUAAGUGAAUGCAAUGAAUUCAAGUUAAUUUUAAUAAAGCUUUCUAAUUCCAA